ACCAAUUUUCCUGCAAUGGAGAAAUCUGUAUUCUCAAUGUUGAUCUUUAUGGUAGAACUGCUUUCAUUAUCUGGGUGCACGGCUGCCGUAGUACGUUGCAGUAAUUGUGGCCGCAUUCCGGUACCUUACCCUCUCAGCACGGGGCCAAAUUGCGGUCAUCAAGCAUAUAGGAUUCGGUGCACUGCGGGGACACUAUUUGAUGCUUUGAAGGGAUCUUAUAUGAUCAUAUCCAUCAACCCCAUGACUCAGAGGAUAGUUCUCCGGCCCCCGGAUCUUUUGCGUGAUAGUUGCAUUUCGAGCGAUAUCGGCACACAGGGAAUCCAGCUUGAUGAUGAUCUCCCCUUCAACAUCACUAGCAGUAACACUAUUUUGUUGUUGAACUGUACGAAUGCAAUGUUAAACUUGCAAGCACCCAUAAAUUGUAAAUCAACAAGCUUAUGUCAUAACUAUAUAAAGGAUAAUGCUACGGCAUGUAUGAGGAGUCCGUUGUGUUGCGUGUUCAAGACUGGUGGAUCGCAAACCGCUUAUGUAUUGAGGAUUCAUAAUGGAGGUUGUCUGGCAUAUCAGAGCUUUGUGAACAUUGACACUGUAAAUCCUCCAAAGAAAUGGCCUCAACCUGGUUUGGAGAUAGAGUGGGCAUUGCCACAAGAACCGGUUUGCAAGACUCCAGUGGAUUGCGAUAACUUGUUCCAUUCCAAGUGCUUAGCUUAUCCCGCAAAUGUUGGAACAAAAAGGUGUUUCUGCAACAAAGGGUUCAAAUGGGAUCCUUUCAACGGAUUAUGUCAAUGUGCAGAAUGCCGAACGGGUAAACGCUGCAAAAGCCGAAAGAAGCAUACAGUGCUCAUUUCUGUUAUAUCGGCUGCACUGGGAGGAACUUCACUUGCUAUAAUGAUCGGAAUUCUAGUUUACAAGCAACGCCAGCGCGUAAAGAAUGAAAUGCAGAAGAGGCUGGUCAAGGAAAGGGAAGAAAUGUUAAAAGCUAGAAACAAUGGCAGAUCAGCCAGUGUUUUCACUGGCAAAGAAAUAACGAGAGCAACUGAUAACUUCUCUACGGCGAAUCUCAUAGGAUCAGGAGGUUUUGGUGAGGUCUUCAAGGGUGUUCUUGAUGACGGAACUAUAUCAGCCAUCAAACGUGCAAAGCUUGGGAACACCAAAGGAACUGAUCAAGUCCUUAAUGAGGUCCGAAUUCUUUGCCAGGUGAACCAUAGGUGCCUGGUAAGAUUCCUUGGUUGCUGCGUCGAGCUUGAACAGCCACUCAUGAUAUACGAGUUUGUCCCUAACGGAACCUUGUUUGAUCACCUCCAUUGUAGUCGUUCCGGAAAAUAUGCUCCCUUCACAUGGCAACACCGGCUUCGUAUUGCUCACCAGACUGCAGAAGGCCUUGCUUAUCUCCACUCUGCAGCAGUUCCGCCCAUUUACCAUCGAGAUGUGAAAUCAAGCAACAUUUUACUAGAUGAAAAGCUUAAUGCCAAAGUUUCUGAUUUUGGUUUGUCCCGACUAGUAGAGAGAACCGAAGGCGAUGCUAGUCACAUCUAUACCACUGCUCAAGGAACCAUUGGAUAUCUUGAUCCAGAAUAUUAUCGUAGUUUUCAGCUUACUGAUAAGAGCGACGUUUAUAGCUUUGGGGUUGUUCUUCUUGAGCUCUUGACUUCUAAGAAAGCUAUAGAUUUUAACAGAGAAGAUAAGCACGUGAAUUUGGUGGCUUACAUGAAAAAUAUAAUGGAUGAAGAGAGACUGGUGGAUGUUGUUGAUCCAGUGAUCAAAGAAGGAGCAAGAAAGUUGGAACUUGACAUCAUUAAAGCACGGGGGCUAUUGCCAGCAUCGUGUUUGGAUGACAAGAGACAGCACCGACCUUCGAUGAAAGAAGUUGCCGAUGAGAUUGAAUACAUGAUCAGCAUUACUCUAGGAGAGAUUUCUGAGAAGUAA